UCUUCGAGAAUUUCUAGAUUUUCCUUUUUAACGUAGAAUGUAUUUUUCAUUGUUUGAAUCCCGUUUGUUCUCCUAAAGUCGCAUUUUCCUAAGGUGCGAUUCGUGGUUCCGAAAAGAAUGGAUAGCCUAGGAGGAAAGUGUCAUGGUUGCCGUCGGGAUUCUACUAUGACAAACAAUGUGUGAAUUGGGCGUCCCAGACCUAACCAAAUUCCAUCCAUAAUGCAUUAAUCUGAGAACCAAAGCGUGUGUGAAGCCUCCUCCCGGAUCAGUGUAGUGAUUUUGACUGAUGACACUUUAGGUCUUGUUAACGCUGAAACCAAGCCUGAAAUAAACAUUAAAAAUAAAUGGGAAAUGUGGAAAAAAUGAGUCCUAACAGUUCACAUCGUGAGGAACCAAGUGCCAGUGGCGUGCGGGUUUGUUUUUAAACUGGAAAGUGAUUUAGUGACUGUGCUGACAUCUGAUCAUGUUCGACAUCAUUUCAAGUUGACAACAUGCCGCUGACAGGUGUCAUCGUAAGGGAAGCCCCAAAGUAGACCGGCAAGCUGUGGUGCCAUUUACAUAGGCAGUAUAUAAUGUACACAUGUAGCGCUAACAGAGAACGCAGGCAAAUUCUAUGCAAGACGAACGGUCGGCAGUUGAACAUAAAAAGAUAAACAUGACUUGCAAAAAAGAAUUUUGCUCUAUACACAUGAAUUAAGCAUGCUUAGUAAACGGUUUUGAAGAGCUGGUGCAGCCGAUUUAUCAGAACUGUUGAAACAGCUAUGAUGCAAUUUGGCAUUGUCAAAUUCGGUAUUCAGCGGAAGUGUGGAGACCGGUCUAAGGAUAACAAAGAUAAAGACCGUAAUCAAUCGAGUAAGGAUCAAUACGAAGAUACAAACGACGUAUCCAACAUAGCCUGCAGAAUUAGAAAUUGCGAUGAUGAUUGUUUAGAAAUGUGUUCUGACCUUAGCAAGAGCGCCGCUACUACAACUGAAACACUGAAAUCUUUAAAAGAACUUACCGUUCCUGUAUAUCAGCGAAAAACAGCUUAUUCUAUUGAAGACGAUAAAAUGGAUUUUCAUGAAACUUCACCAAACACUCAAGAUGACCAAACGGAAGGCCUGGACCUAUCUGCAAAUCGGAAACUUCCACCGAUGCCCGCCGCCAGUCAUGUAACUUUAGAAGCCCUUGAAAACACUAAAGUAGCAGUAGCACAAUUUGCGGCUACCGCACUGGCUAAUAGCGAUAAAAAUGAGGACGCUUUGAAGGAAUUCGCUACAAUUCAAUCUUCACUCUUCAAUCUCCAAAACCAGCAAUUGUUACAGAUCCAACUAAUACAGCAUCUGAAGUCUAAACUUUCAGAAAAUCUUACCCAGGCGAGAAAUGAAUCUGAAAGUGACGAGGAAAUGAUAACAGAAAAUAAAAACGAAGGCAAUGAUUCGGAGUCUGAUGUAAAGGAUGCCUCAACCCCCCUUGGGAAAAAGCAAGAAGCCAAGGAAAAUGAUCGUAAGCUGAAAAAGAAUUUCAAUGAAAUGGGGGGAACCGAGGCAUCGCAGCAAGAACGAUUUUCGACAAGUUCAUCCUUAGCUUCUAGUAUUAUAACUAAUCAUGAUCCUCCACCUCCUUUCGAUGAGCCAAAUUCAUUGGAGAUGCUUCAGAAACGAACUCAAGAGGUGCUCGACUCAGCUUCGCGUGAUUUACUCACUGGCAAUUUAGCUGAUGAGCUUCUCUUUCGAAGAGAUAAAGAUUCUCCUGACGGCAAAGGCCGAAAUGAUCCGUUUUUUAAACACAGGUGUCGCUAUUGUGGGAAGGUAUUCGGUUCCGACUCAGCUUUGCAGAUUCACAUUCGUUCACACACAGGAGAAAGGCCGUUUAAAUGCGACGUCUGUGGGAGUUCUUUCACUACAAAGGGAAAUCUUAAAGUUCAUUAUCAAAGACAUACUCAGAGAUAUCCUUGCUUCCAUGUGGUUGAUCCCUUGGAAAGCUAUCCUGCUCAAAAUAAUCAAUUCGCUAGAAGUAUGCCUUUUGAGGGCAUUCCGAAUACUUUUAGAUCACCCUUAGAUAAUUUAAGAACUAGGGUGGAUAAUUUGAAUAGCUCUGUUGGAAGUUUUGGACAAGAAAUAGCCAAGGAUCUUCAAAAGCCCUUACAACAUGAAAAGCUUGAUAAAGAGUCGGAGGAUAUACGAAAAGAUGGUGAUUCAUUAAAUAUCCCUGAGCAAGAUCAGCCUGAAAAUUUGACGACUUUACCCCACCGCACAUCGCCCACUCCCACUCAGCAGUCAAGCAAAUCAUCCUCACCUAACAGUCAACUUGUUCAAAACCAUGAUGCCCCUAUCGAACUGAACGAUAAUUCAUGGGAAAGUUUGAUUGAGAUUGCCAAAACAUCUGAGACUUCCAAAUUACAGCAUUUAGUAGAUAAUAUAGAAACCAAACUCACCGAGCCAAACCAGUGCAUGUUUUGCCAGCGUACCCUAUCCUGUCGAAGUGCUUUGCAAAUGCAUCUAAGAACCCAUACUGGAGAAAGACCAUUUCGGUGUCGUAUUUGCAGCCGCGCUUUCGCAACGAAAGGGAACCUCAAGGCCCAUAUGAUUAUACAUAAAAUCAAACCACCGAUUCGUAGCCAAUUCAAAUGUCCUGUAUGUCAUUCAAAAUUCACCAAUGCAGCAGUUCUUCAGGAACAUAUUCGUUAUCACGCUAAUGAAGAAUUCGAACGACCAUUGGAACUGAGCAGUGAACCAAAAGAAAGAUCACGGAGAGUACGUAAAGAAAGUUUCGAUGCUUGUUCAUCAGAAACUUCUGAAAAACGGUCAGAGUCAUCACAAGGGGAUUUUAGCGAAUAUGCAAUAGAAAGUGAAGAUAUCGACGAAAAUGUUGAAGUGGAAGAUUUUGCGGAAGACGAAAAGUCAGCAUCAGAAUCGGAAUUUUCCGACGGAGUUCUGGAUUUAUCAGUACAAGCAAGAAGUAGACUAAGGGAGGAAAGCUCUGAUCCAUUAAACUUCUAUAAUUGUAUAGACUUUUUUAAACACCACGCUGCAUCGAUCCCGAUAAACUUUUCUUCAUUACUCCAACCGACGUCUUCGUCACAUAACAGUGGCUCGCAUUCUACCAACGGAAAUGCGUUUGAAACGCACAUUCAUAGUCAUACCAAAGAACAUCCAUUCAAAUGCUACAUCUGUGAUCGAACGUUUUCCACUAAGAAGGAGGAAAACGAACACACUACGCUUCAUUACCUCAGUAAAGACGGCAAUAUGAAGCAGCAUCCACUAGUCUACAAGGAAAGUGAUAAGCAACUAGCUAACAGCAGAUCAGAGCCUGUUUUGGAUAACAGCUCGGAAUCAUUGUCUCCAAACCCAGUUCCAUCUAAUUUGGCAGAUAUUGAUGUAUUCAGUAAUCAAAGACAAUCAAAUAAUAGUAAAUCCAACAACAACCAAAAAGGAUUAUUUAACAAUGAGCCGCGAACUGAGUCACAAGAGCAGCUUGAUGACAGACAUAAGGACAUUCUAGUUGACAAAGUACAAUCAAAUGAGCCAUUUCAUCAACAUCUGCAACAUGUCAAUGCGGAAGGGUCGAUUAACAUGAAACAUUACUGCACAAUUUGUCGGAAGAAUUUUAGUUCUAGUUCAGCUCUCCAAAUUCAUAUGAGAACGCACACAGGAGAUAAACCAUUUCAAUGUUCAGUAUGUCAGAAGGCCUUCACUACCAAAGGCAAUCUCAAGGUUCAUAUGGGCACUCAUAUGUGGACUAAUGGUUCGUCUCGCCGUGGGAGACGGAUGUCUCUUGAAGUACCCAUAGGACGUCCCUUCCCGCUGAAAUCAGAGGUCGAUUUCUCCCAUCGGCGUCCGGAAUUCUUCUACCCAUAUCUUCCACCAUUUUUAAAUGGAGUGCAGAAUAAGUUUCCCGAUAUAGCUCCCAUCGCAUUUGGUAACAAUCAACAAGGAAACGGCAUCCCUAACAAAUAUGCAAAACUUAUGAGCUUUGGCCCUUUUCUAGCAGGACAUAAUCCACUAUUACCAAGCUUCAUUCCGAAUUCAUUCCAUAGUGCGAAGUCACCACUAUUCAAUGUUGACAAGCAUGAUGAACCACAAUCGCUCACUCAAAACGGAGAUUCAUCGAAACUUUCUAAAGAGAAUCAUAAUAACUCCACAGCAUUUAGAAUAGAGGAUAAGUUUUGGGAUGCUACAACUGGGAAAGUUCCCUCGGAUAAUAGCAGCCAUUCUACGAAAACUGGUGCAUCGAUGUUUGCUUUUAAUUCUGCAAAUCAAAGCGAAAAACUAGCGACAUAGCUUCCCUCGAUUUAGCAUGUUAACUUGAAUACGUAAAAGCGUUACAUAUCGAAAGUAUUAUAAACGAAAAUAGAUAGAAUUAUCGUCUAAGAGGUAUCAUUAAAGGCAUUCCGACGUUUGUUGUAAAAUAAAGACGUUUCUGUAAAAAUGUG